UUAUUUCCGCUGAAUCCUAGAAAACCCCCACUACUUCCCUUCCGGUUAAACUCGCUCGCCCUCCUCCCCGCCCCCUUUCCCACCUCCUCCUCCUCCUACCUCCGCGAGCGGCGCACGCUAGGACUGGAGCGCGCCGUUCGGGAGCUUGGGUCGCCGGAGCCGGAGAGGUGGGGAGAGGGAUGGGUCAGGAGCUCAGCUGCGCCAGAUCGAGCCAGGAGCACGAGUUCUUCAGCGCCGUCCAAGCCGGCGACUUGGAGGUGGUGGAGUCCGCCCUCCACCUGGAUCCCGCCCUCAUCCACCAGUCUACCAUCUACGACCGCCUCUCCGCCCUCCACAUCGCCGCCGCCAAUGGUCGCGUCGAGGUUCUUUCUAUGUUGCUGGGUCGAUCUGUUAGACCUGAUGUCCUAAAUCGGAACAAACAGACUCCCCUGAUGCUGGCUGCGAUGCACGGGAAGAUUGCCUGUGUGCAAAAGCUUCUCCAAGCCGGGGCAAAUAUUUUGAUGUUUGAUUCGUUGCAUGGAAGAACAUGCUUGCAUUAUUCUGCUUAUUACGGCCAUUUGGAUUGCUUGCAAGCGAUUCUGUCGGCAGCUCAAUCCACUUCUGUAGCUGAUUCCUGGGGAUUUGCUCGAUUUGUAAAUAUUAGAGACGGCCAUGGAGCGACUCCUUUGCACCUGGCUGCGAGGCAGAGGCGGCCUAAUUGCGUCCAUAUUCUUUUAGACAAUGGUGCUCUUGUUUGUGCUUCCACCGGUGGAUAUUGUUGCCCAGGAAGCACUCCUCUACACUUGGCGGCCCGCGGGGGAUGCUUGGAUUGUGUCCGGGAAUUGCUUGCAUGGGGAGCUGAUCGGCUACAAAGGGAUGCAUCCGGGAGAAUACCAUAUGCUGUUGCUGUGAAGCGAAACCAUGGAGCAUGUGCGGCCCUCCUAGAUCCAACAUCGGCAGAGCCUCUGGUUUGGCCUUCGCCAUUAAAGUUCAUCAGCGAGCUGGAUCGAGAUGCAAAGGCUCUGUUAGAGGCAGCUUUGAUGGAAGCUAACAGGGAAAGGGAGAAGAAGAUCUUGAAGGGGACGGCGUAUUCCUCGCCAUCCCCUGCACAUUCAGAAGAUGGAAUUGAUGAUGAUAUCUCCGAGACGAGCGACGCGGAGGUCUGCUGCAUCUGCUUCAGCCAAGUCUGCACCAUUGAGGUCCAAGACUGUGGGCACCAGAUGUGCGCACACUGCACAUUGGCUCUAUGCUGCCACAACAAGCCGCAUCCGGCGACCUUGUGCCGACCAACUCCGGCUUGCCCCUUCUGCCGCGGCAGCAUAGCCCGGCUGGUCGUGGCCAAGGCCAGGGAUGAUGGAGACAAGGGCAGCUCAAAGCUGAGGCGGUCGAGGAGUUCUUGGAAUUUCAGCGAGGGAAGCAGCAGCUUCAAAGGCCUAUCAUCUUCUGCCAUGGGAUCAUUCAGAAGGAUGGGUCGUGGUUCAGGACGGAUAGACGAUAGCAACGAUAUGUUGGGCAAGCCUUAGCACACCCCAAUACACGAAAGCUUGAACAGUCAGUCCAUGGCUUUUCUGCUGUAGAUUCUCUCAUUCUGAAGCCAAAAGCAGAUGUCAAAUAAGCACCCCAAUACCAUCGUGCUUUUGCCAAAUCCCCGGGAGUUCAUGUCUACUUUCGUAGCAUUGUUAACCUCCAGAUCCACCGCGAUUAGGGUGGUCUUCUUUCUUUGGAGGGUGGAGAAGAUGGGCUGCACUUCUGCCUCUCUCUACUUUCAUAGCUUCAGAGAUGUAUGAUGGAACUAUUCAAAUCUAAAAGACUGUUUGGCCGUCGGCUAUCAUGUGGCUGCUAUGAUAUACCACAGUUCGGUGGUUCGUCCGUAUUAGCUUUGCAUUGCUCUCGUGUGGUCUGUGUCCCAAAAUUGGCUUUUUAGGUGGCCGGACUUGUGGGAUCCCUUGGAUGAUGCGGGCACCUGGCCGAACUGCUCGAGCUAAGCAUGUCUCUAUUAUUUAAAGAUAGCGUGGCACCUAACUUUGUCGGGGGUGGGGCCCCCGAGAUCUACCAAGUUGUCGAGGUGUAUUGGAACGUGGAGGAGCCUCCCGUACCCUACCUUUGGAGAUUUCUCCUUGUUCUUUUCUUCCUUCCCUCCGUGUGAAGGUAAUAAAGAAAGACCUGGCUUGUGUGGA